AUAGCUGGUGGUGGUGGGCGGGCACGAGAGUGUGCAUGUGCAAGUGUGAGCGCGGCGCGCGUUCGUGUGUUCGAGUUACGGCGCCGCGCGUGCGAGUGCGUGCGCGUAGACGACCCGAAGGAACCAACCGGCGGCCCCAGUCGACGGGAUCCGCACGAACGCCUGUCGCCUGUCGCCUGCUCGUAAGUGCACACAACUCUCCGUGACAGCAUCGUCCUGUGAAAUUGGGUCGGUCGGUCGAAAAAUACGCGUUUGGUACCUAAUCGAAUCGCGCCCGCCAACGAUAUCGUCGUUAUAACAAUAAUAAUAUUGACAAGUAACCCACACACAGUCCAUCCGAGGAACGAUCCGAUCAAAUUGUCCGUUAAAUGGCUUUUCUGAAACUAUCCACAUCCCGUAAGUGCAGUCAAUUAUUAUUGCAAGAGCCGCUCAGAAACGACGUGUACGCUCGGCUCGUUCGGUCGCUGACCACCACAUCCAAUGGAUCCGCUGAACAGCACCAACAGCGCAGGAACAGCAGCGCGGUGUCCGGCCCGGCGGCCGGCGUCGUCGACGCGAAGCCCAAAUGGGACCCACUGGACACGUCGUUCGCCAACCCAGAGGCCACGUUUAAGAGCAAGACCACCUGGGAGAUAUUUAGAGCUUACAUAGUGUACCAGCUAUGCUCGUCCAGUUACCUUGUCGAGAACAACAUGCAGCUCAUGAAACUUUGCAAAGCUGUUUUUGGUGAAAAAUUAUUUACCCUUAUAAUGAAAAUGACAUUUUAUGGUCAUUUUGUUGCGGGAGAAGAUCAAUAUCGUAUUGUUCCUACAUUGAAACGUUUAAGAUCUUUUGGUGUUAAACCAAUAUUAGAUUAUUCUGUUGAAGAAGAUAUUAGUCAAGAAGAGGCUGAAAAACGUGAAGUUGAAUCAAGCAUGUCAGAAAUUGAAAAAAGAGACCAAGACGCUGCUCAAAAAGAAGAUUCUGUUACAGCGGAAACAAUUGGAGGUUCUUUACCACAGUACCACGUGGAUAAACAAUUCGCAGAUAGAAGGUACAAGGUGCAGAGUGCUCGAACCUAUUUCUACCUUAAUGAAGCUACUUGUGAACGUAAUAUGGAAGUAUUUCAAAACUGCCUACAUGCAGUAGCUGGUGCUACAUAUGGAACAGGAAUUACAGCAAUCAAAUUAACAGCACUUGGACGUCCUCAACUUUUGUUGCAAUUAUCAGAAGUAAUCAUGAGAGCUCGUACGUUAGCUAGUGAAAUUAUGGGUGGCAAAGGUAAUGUAAUUGGUCAACAUCUCACUCUUGAAGAAUUAGAUAAACGUUUGUUUCAAGCUGGAAUCAAGGACACAAAAAAGUUUUUGGAAAAAGUCACCAAGGACAGUCAAGGUGUAAUUCAUUUAUUUCCAUGGAGUGGUUUGUUAGAUGAAAAUUCUGAACUAAGCGAUUCAUUCCGUGUUCCUUGCUUGAAAGAAGGUCGUAUGGUCAGACUAUUAUCUCAACUAUCUAAAAAAGAAGAGGAAAUGUUCCGUAAUAUGGUUCAUCGACUUAACACAUUAGUUCAAACUGCUAAAGACUUAGAUGUCCGUAUAAUGAUUGAUGCUGAACAAACAUAUUUUCAACCAGCUAUAUCUAGAUUGACUCUUGAAUUGAUGCAAAAGUAUAAUACAGAAAAAGCUAUUGUGUUUAAUACAUACCAAUGUUACCUAAAAGAAACACUUAAUGAAGUCAAGACUGAUUUAAAUCAAGCUAAGAGACAAAAAUUCUAUUUUGGAGCCAAACUUGUAAGGGGUGCUUAUAUUGAUCAGGAGAGAGCAAGAGCUGCAGCAUUGGGUUAUGCUGAUCCAACCAAUCCAUCUUAUGAAGCCACCACGGAAACUUAUCAUCAAACGCUGACUGAGUGUUUAACGCGCAUCAAGUCACUGAAAGAUCAAGGUGAUGUUUGCAACAAGAUUGGUAUUAUGGUCGCAUCCCAUAAUGAAGAUACUGUACGUUUCGCAUUAUCACAAAUGCAAGAAAUUGGAAUCUCUCCUGAAGAUAAAGUAAUCUGCUUCGGACAACUGCUUGGCAUGUGUGAUUUCAUUACGUUCCCCUUGGGCCAAGCAGGAUAUUCGGCGUACAAGUAUAUACCGUAUGGCCCAGUCAACGAAGUGCUACCAUAUCUGUCUCGUCGAGCUAUGGAGAACAAGGGUGUUCUAAAGAAGUUAGCAAAGGAAAAAACAUUACUGAGAAAAGAACUAUUCAGACGCAUACUGCGUGGACAGUUUUUCUACAAACCUAUUGGCAAUUACACGCCAGUUUAAGAACGAAAUAUAAGCCUUAAUAUCAUAUAGUAAGCGCAAGUCUCUCUAAUGGUAUGCCGAUUAGUCUUAUGUUAUUACUAUUUUCCCUCCAAUAUAAACUUAACCUAAUUGUAUGACCGAUUAGAUCUGAAUAGACAGUACUUUUCAGUAUUA